CGCGCGCGGUUCUACGGGCCUACGUUUAUUCGCUUCUCGAGUGCACCGAGGGGGGUGUAUAUAGGUUUCGCGGGCCACGCCGAGAUCCCAUACACCCCCACUGCCAAAGUCGCCGAGAAUCACGCGUAUCUCAAAAGGAAGAUUAUUGUUUGAUUGCGAUCGAGUGCGUCAACCGAAGAGGGGCGACGUUUAACGAUUUGUGCGCAAAGUGUUUGGCUAGCGCAUACCCUCGACUGAUCUACCUAUUUUCUUGUUUUAUUUUUUUUUUUUUUUUUUGCAUCACCAAAAGUUUUUUGGUGUGAAUUUUCAAAGUUUUAUCGAGAGGCUGAAGAUUAUCACCCUAAGUUGUUGCCAAAGUGUUUCAAAGUCAAAGUAGUGGAUAAAGUUGUUGGUUUGAGAUGGAAGAUUUCGACGUCGAAUAGUUUACAAUCAAUGUGUUAAUAAAUGACGUGGUAACAUUGAGCCCCUGUAACCAUGGUAAACGUAAAGUGACUGUACGCAAACACGGCAGAAAAAAAAGUGUGAUAUAUAGUGCGCGACAGCUGAACUGAAAGAACAUGAUGAUCAAGAGUUCGUGGUGAGCACCAAUCGACAACAAUGGCAUCGACCAUCCUCGUCUUGAUUUGCGUCGAGCUGUUGACCAUUGCCGUGGGACAACGGGGCAGGUCCGAUAGCUUGGACAAGGAGCCCAUGCAAAAGACUGAAAUGGAAAUUCCCAUAAGUACCGUUACGGUGCAAGGGGUGGCGGGACAAACAGCGUCCCUUCCCUGCGACACGCAGACCCAAGACAAAAACGACGCCAUAACGAUGGUCCUGUGGUUCCAAGAGUCGACCGACGAGAACGUGUACAGCUACGACGCGCGCAACUUGAAGUACGGCAAAGUGAAAAUCUGGAGCUCGGACAAGGUCUGGGGUAACAGGGCGAUUUUUCACCCCACGGCGCCCAGCCACCUGGACAUCCAGCACGUGAAGGAGAGCGACGCCGGGGAGUACAGGUGCCGCGUCGACUUUCGCAACUCCCAGACCAAGAAUUUCAAAGUCAACUUUACCGUCAUUGUUCCACCGUUAAAGCCGAUAAUCUACGACACCAAGAGGCGCGACAUGAGCAAGCACUUGGAAGCUUACCCGGAAGGCGUCGAUCUCGAUCUCAUCUGCGAGGUGCACGGGGAAAACCCGAAUGUCUGGCUAUGGAUCGACUGUUACUACUUGCAGGCUGAAGAAAUCAAUGAGUCUGGCAUUACAUUGACUUUUACCACUCCUGAGCAAAAUCUCAUGUCAUGGCUGACUAGACGUUGGCUGUUACUACUUACUUUUUGGAACAAACCUGUAANCAGCAACAGUAGUAGUAACUCACGCCCGGAAAACAACAACUGCGUGCAGUCGAUAGUGCACAGAGGCAGUCCCUCGGCCCAGUACCACCAGGCCAGUCCCAGUCCUAAUCAUCAGCAACAGCAGCAGCAGCAGCAGCAGCACUCGCCCCAGCAUACGUUGCCAAGGUCGAGGGGGCCGGCGCUACCGCCGCAUCUGCUGAAUCCCCUGCCACUCUGGCCGCAGAUGUCCAGCGUCUCGGGCUACGCGAACCAGAGGCUACUCAACGGCGUCAUCAGUAGCUACGUAACCGGCAACAACGGGGCUGCUGCCGCAGCGGCAGUGGCAGCAGUCGUGGCGGCCAAUGCCAACAGAGACGGAAUGAGCAUAAGUGUCAUCGAAUGGGUGCCGAGAGUCGAGGACGAGGGGAAGUAUCUGACCUGUCGAGCCGAGAACCGACACUUGCCAGAAAAAACCAUCGAAGACAAAUGGAUGCUGAAAGUUCACUACGCGCCCAUCGUUGUGCUGCGAGUGGGACUAACCUCGGAUCCGAAGGACAUCAAGGAAAACGACGAUGUUUCCUUUGAGUGCAACGUGAGAUCCAAUCCCCGAAACUUCAAGCUAACAUGGCAUCACGGGGACAAAGAGUUGCGGCACAACGGCAGCGCAGGUGUGGUACUGACGGAUCAAUCCCUCGUCCUCCAGAGGAUAACCCGAGAAAGUUCUGGAAACUACAGCUGCUUGGCAACCAACUCCGCGGGCAGCAACAGAUCCAACGUUGUUUACCUCCGUGUUAUGUACGCUCCGAUCUGCAAGCACCUUGGGCCAAUAAAUCCCGAGGAUCGGGUGCACCAACCGCCUUCGGAGGAGGGAGGCGAGAACAACGAGGCGCUGGUGAGCGAAAACGAGGACGAGGAAGAAAACGACGACGGCACCUUUGGGAGACCCACGACGGCAACGGGGCAUCCUGGCGGAGACGGCAACAGUAGCCUCGCGAGGCACAGGAGCGUCAGUCUCGUGUGCGAAGUCGAGGCCCACCCGAGCAACGUCACGUUCCACUGGACCUUCAAUGGCACGGGCAGCAACGCCCUUCUGGACCUGCCCGAGUCACGGUACACGAACGAGGAGACCCACAGCCGGCUCAGGCACUCGUUGCACACGGACGGGGACUACGGGACCUUUGGCUGCUGGGCGAGCAACGUCGUCGGACACUCCAAGCAGCCUUGUUUUUUUCGGCUACCUCCCCCGGGUGAUCCCCGGCCACUGCAAAACUGCACGACCCAGAACCAGAGCUCCAGUUGGAUCCGCAUAUCCUGCCAGGAGGGCUUCGACGGCGGUUUGCCGCAAAAAUUCGUCGCCGUGGUGGGUGACAGGCGCUGGGAGUCACCCACCCCGAGCUGGGACGUCGAGAUCCUCAAGCCGAGCAGCGUCGUUUACCUCUACGCCGUAAACGCCAAGGGCUCGAGCGCGCCCGUCGUCAUGGAUAACAUUGCCUUGUUCAAGGACGUGGCCAAGUUCACGGGAGAGACGGGCAUCUCGAUCGACAUAUCGCCGAUUCUGAUAGGACUGGGUGGUACGGCGACCGGGUUGGGGCUCAUCGUGACCGGGGUACUGAUGGCCCUGUGGCGCAAGGACGCGGCAUCGGCGACGCCAUCCAAGCCGAAGCCGCUCCACCAGCCGCCGAGCAUCGCCACCACCUUCGCGGUCAAGGCCGACGAGGAGGACGGCAAUCCCGACCUCAUACCCACGACGGCACUCACCAACAGCUACACAGACAGAAAACUUUCUGUUUAUGGAUCACUGCCAAGAAGAUCGAACUACGCGGAGGAGCUGCCCCAAAGUAUUAUGCAAGACAUGGAUUACCCACGAGCUGCGCCAAAUACGUAUUACAGCUUGCAGAGACCAAGUCGUUAUCCGGAAACAAUAGUCAGACACACAACCGUCCAGGAAAGCUGUAUUUGAAUGCGUUUGCAAAAAAAAAAAAAAAAAAAAAAAUACGAGGACUUUUGUGGAUUUUCACGUGAGUGAACACCGAGUUGGGGAAAUUCGAAUUUACAACCGAAAAAAAAAUUUUAAAAAAACUAUUUAUAGCUACUCGACUGAUCAUGUGU